AUGCGUUUCACACCUGUCCUCGCAGUUUAUGCCUUUGCGGGCGCUGCGCUGGCUAGAAAUGCGAGCCCCAACCAGCAUGUGAGGAAACUUCACCCACCUACGCUGGAACGACGACAUGCUACUACGACAAACACUACUUCUCCCGAGUGUUCGCAACCUAAGGCGCCCAUCAUUCCGGAGACAGAGAAGACCGCGCCUUUCAAAGUCAAUGGCAGUGCUAUUCCCGAUGUUGAUUUUGACGUUGGAGAGUCAUAUGCUGGUCUGCUCCCAAUCUCUAACGACACCAACUCGAAUUCGAGUGAAUUGUUCUUUUGGUUUUAUCCUUCCAUGAACCCAGAGGCGGACGACGAGAUUCUCAUUUGGCUUAAUGGAGGACCUGGAUGCUCUUCUCUGGAAGGCAUUUUACAGGAGAACGGUCCCUUCAACUGGCAGUAUGGGACUUAUAGGCCCGUGAAGAAUCCGUACACAUGGAUUAACCUCACAAACGUUGUAUGGAUUGAGCAACCUGCUGGAACCGGCUUCAGCCCCCAGAAAGGCACUCCUCCUGCGACGGACGAGAUCGAGGUCGCACAACAGUUCCUCGGCUUCUGGCGAAACUUUGUUGAUACCUUCGGUCUGCACAAYCGCAAGGUCUUUAUCACUGGAGAGUCGUACGCGGGAUACUAUGUUCCGUAUAUUACCGAUGCCAUGCACAACGAGACUGACACUGAAUACUUCAACGUUGAGGGAUCCUUGGUCUAUGACCCUUCCGUGUCUUACGAUGUCAUUUCUGGGGAUAUUCCCGCAGUUCCUUUCGUCGAUUACUGGCAGAAUUUGUUUGCUCUCAAUGACACUUUUAUGGACCAUCUUCAUGAGAAGCAUGAGAGCUGUGGUUACAAGGAGUUCAUGGAGACUGCCAUGCAAUUCCCACCUACCGGACCUUUACCUACUCCUCCAGAUGUUGACGAGACAGACGACUCAUGCCGACUGUUCAACGAGAUCACCGAAGCAGCCAUGCUGGUCAACCCUUGCUGGGAUAUUUAUCAAGUUGCGACAACUUGCCCUCUUCUAUGGGAUGUUCUUGGCUUCCCUGGUUCUUUCGGUUACCAGCCUCCGGGCGCCGAGAUCUACUUCAACCGAACUGACGUUCAGAAGGCUAUCAACGCCCCGAUCGGCGAGUGGGAAGAAUGCUCGAACGGCGUGCUCGACAUUGACAACAGCCCUCCCUCUGGCCUGUCAGUCUUGCCUCGCGUCAUCGAGAAGAACAAGCGUACCAUUAUCGCGCAUGCGAAACUUGACAUGGUCCUCAUCAUGAACGGUACAAUCAUGAUGAUCCAGAACAUGACUUUCAAUGGGGCACAAGGCUUCUCUAAAGGUCCGAGCGAGUGGAACGACUUCUACGUUCCAUAUCACAGCGAACUCGCUCUUGGUAGUAUCGCGGGUGCRGGAAACUUUGGGAAGUGGUGGACGGAGCGUGGAUUGACCUUCUCUACCGUGGAGUUGAGCGGGCACAUGGUCCCGCAGUACGCCCCUACCGCCGCUUACAGGCAAGUCGAGUUCCUACUUGGAAGGAUCGAAGACCUUGGUCAGGUGUCUGACUUUAYCACAAUGCCUGAUGGAGGGUUUGGUAACAAUGCUACGAUCACGAUGUUUUAG